UCGCUGCGCUGCUGCGUGUGGGGCCGGGGAGUUCCUCGCCGCGCCUGCUGCCCCGGUUUGAAGUUGGCGCCCGGGAGCGAUGCGGCGCUGAGGCGAGGGAGGCCGAGGAGACACAGGCCGCCGCCGCCAUGUCUGCGGGAUUCUCCUUCGGGGCCGGCACGCUGGGCUCCGCGGCCGCCGCCGCUGCUGGGGCGGGAGGCGGCGGCGGGGGAGGCUUCUCCUUCGGAGCCGUCCAGCCGAGAUCUCGGGCCAGGCCGGCUGUUCGCCUCGGGCCUCCGGCAGUCUGGAGCUCCGACCCUGCUCCCCUCCCCCGCUUCCGAGCGCGCUGCUCUGCAGCACACUCAACUGGAGGGCUUAAUUUUGGAACCUUGGGUGCCUCGACUGCUGCAGCAACUACAUCAGCUCCAUCAGUGGGCUUUGGAAGUGGACUCUUUGGUUCAAAAUCUACCACUGGGCUUGCUCUAGGAGGUACUAAUACAGGAACAGCUACAACUAUUGCUACAGGAUUAACACUGGGAGCUCCUGCCGCUACAUCAGCCUCUACCACAGGUUUUAGUUUAGGGUUCAACAAACCUGCAGGAUCGGCCACACCAUUUGCUUUGCCUAUUACUUCUACCUCAGCAGGUGGCCUCUCACUUUCUUCUGCUCUUACAUCAACUCCUGCAGCAGGUUCUACUGGCUUUACAUUAAAUUUGGGUGGGACAGCUGCCCCAACUACAAGUGCAUCCACAGGCCUUUCACUGGGAGGAGCCUUAGCUGGUUUGGGAGGUACACUCUUCCAGAAUGCAACCACAGCAGCAACAGGACUCGGACAGAAUGCUCUGAGUUUGACUCUGGGGACGACUUCUGCUCCUUCAACUACUGUUAAUGAAGGCCUUGGUGGCAUAGAUUUUAGUAGCUCUUCAGAUAAAAAGAGUGAUAAAACAGGAACAAGACCAGAAGAUAGUAAAGCACUGAAGGAUGAAAAUCUACCUCUACUAAUCUGUCAAGAUGUAGAAAAUCUCCAGAAAUUUGUGAAAGAACAAAAACAAGUGCAGGAAGAAAUUAGUAGAAUGUCUUCCAAAGCAAUGCUUAAAGUACAGGAGGAUAUUAAAGCUUUGAAACAGCUUUUGUCAGUAGCUGCUAGUGGACUACAGAGAAACACUCUUAAUAUUGACAAAUUGAAAAUGGAAACUGCCCAGGAGCUGAAGAAUGCAGAAAUAGCAUUAAGAACACAGAAAACUCCUCCUGGUCUUCAACAUGAAAAUUCAGCCCCAGCAGACUACUUCAGGAUCUUGGUUGAACAGUUUGAAGUACAGCUGCAGCACUACAGACAGCAAAUUGAAGAACUCGAAAAUCAUCUUGCCACUCAAGCAAACAAUUCACAUAUAACUCCACAAGAUUUGUCUAUGGCUAUGCAGAAAAUUUAUCAAACAUUUGUAGCUCUAGCUGCACAACUUCAAUCAAUACAUGAAAAUGUAAAGAUGCUCAAAGACCAAUACCUUGGCUAUAGAAAAACGUUUCUGGGAGAUGCUAUGGAUGUGUUUGAGGCAAGACGAGCAGAAGCUAAGAAAUGGCAGAGUGCCCCACGUGUUAUUACUGGACCAACCCCUUUCAGCAACAUACCAAAUGCAGCAGCCGUUGCCAUGGCUGCCACUCUUUCUCAGCAGCAACAGCCUGCUACAGGGCCACAGCCAUCUCUGGGAGUUAGUUUUGGAACGCCAUUCGGCUCAGGUAUUGGCACUGGCUUGCAAUCAAGUGGCUUAGGUUCUUCAAACCUUGGAGGAUUUGGAAGUAGCUCUGCUUUUGGAAGCACUGCCACAGGCGCACCAUCGUUCGGAUUUGGAACUACAAAUAAACCCUCAGGAAGUCUUAGUGCAGGCUUUGGCAGCUCAACUACAUCUGGGUUUAACUUCAGUAAUCCUGGCAUCACAGCAUCGGCUGGCUUGACAUUUGGGGUGUCUAAUCCUGCAUCUACAGGUUUUGGGACAGGAGGGCAACUUCUUCAGCUGAAGAAACCACCAGCUGGAAACAAGAGAGGGAAAAGAUAGACACACUGUUGGGGAAAGGGGAAGUGAAUCAGCUUUGUUCAUCCUAAAAGUCUAUUUUUCUAAAUGAAUGCAGUAAUUAAAUUGCAUCCCAGGAGAUUUAUAAAAUUUUGCUAUGUUUCCCUAUUCUGGAAUAUGAAAUGUAAUCAUAUUGAACAACUAUUUUCCUGUGAAUAGAAACCCAUUUAUGUAUUUUUAUUUUGGUUCUAGUUUUAGAAAUGUUCUAUACUGCAUUAUUAAAGAAUCUUGUAAAACCAUCUAUUUAACCUAAUGGUAGUAGCAGAAUAUUUUUUGUUAAUAAGCUUUAUACCUAAUGGUAGUAGCAGAAUAUUUUUUGUUAAUAAGCUUUAUACCAUAUGAAUAUAUGCAUAUUUGGGUUUUUUGUACAGAUAAAAUAUAUUCUAGUACAAAUACUAGAGUUCAUAUCUUCUGUUCCUGGAUAUGGCCUUUAAAUCUACUUCAGGGUGUUUCUUUGUGAAUAUAGAUGUAAAUAUAUAUAUAUAUAUAUAUAUCUAUAUAUACACACAGUACAGUGCACACAUUUGUGUGUAUGUAUUUGUAUAUAUAAUAAAAACACGUGAACUUUGCCCCAUAGACAGAACUCUCCAUCUUUCUUUGCUUUGUGUGUUCCCUUUUCCAUGUUGUUUUAGGCUUCCACAUCUUGAUGCUCAUAGGAAUAUCAAAUAGUAGUCCCAGGCUGUAAUAUUUUUGUAGCUUGUUUUUUAAAGACAAGCUGAAAUAAUGUUCACUAUUGUAUAAUUCUGGCAAAUAGUGUUUAAUUGCCUGUUUGUCCUCAACACUUUCCUUUCUUCAGCUAGCAAUCACUCCAAAGAAGAAUCUGGAGAGACUUUCAAACAAAGGUGUUGUCACAGCUGGUGUUGCCAAACAGAUCUCUCCUGGGCUGGGCUUCAUUUCUGAGGCUGCUAGGCUUCAGGAGAUUGCUUGGGGGCAGUAGGGUGACCAGAUGACAGAGGUCAAAUAUCAGGACGCAGGGGGGGAGGAACCGAGCCAAAAAAAAAAAAAAAACCUAGUGGGCGGCAGAGCAAAACAAAAAAACGAAAAACAAUGCCGGAGCACAGGAAAAACUGAGAACCCACAGGCAGCUCCACACCCUGCCCCCCGCCAGCUUGCCCCCCACCAGCUUGCCUCCGCUCCAUCUCCACCUUCCCCCUCGGGGAGGGAGGGAGUGAGCACGCAGAGGCCCUCCCCCCCCCAUCAGAGGGACCUGCCAGGGGGCCAGGUGAGUCCCAGGCAGUGCUAGCCUUACCUGGAGCGGCUCCCAGGGAGCAUCCAGCAGGCAGGUCCUGUCCCUCUGGCUCCUAAGGUCGCGCGGGGCGGGGACAGGGGCGGGGAGCUCGCUGCUGGCGCCUACAAGCCCCCCCGCCCCUGCAGCACACAGUGGGGAGACCUCCUCGCCGUCUCUGUGCGUGCCUGGGGAGUGGGGCUGCAGCACUCUGCAGGCUCCUGCCGGCGGGCAGGCAGGCGCUGGGAGUUCAGCUGAGCUGCCUCAGGGCCCAGGAAGAAGAGGUGAGCGGCGUCGGCAGUGCCGGCUUGAGUCUUCCACCAGACGGUCCCCCGAUAUCGGGACAAAGUGCGUCCCAACCAAUGUAAGGUCGGGACGCGGGACAAGUCCCCUAAAAUCAGGACGUCUGGUCACCCUAGGGAGCAGAGAGUUGUGAAGCCGAUGGUCUCUUCUCUCUGUGGGUGGUGGAUGCAGACUGUGCCACUCUAAUGAAAAUUGUAGCUAACCAUUCCAAACAGAGUUGAUUCACACAGGGCUACUGGCAUUGACUCUAAAAAGAGUUGCUUACCUGCCCUUAACACCCGUCGCUGCUAAGAAAUAAAGUAAAACAGUAUACUUUGAGGGUAAGCUAUUGUAACAAUAGAAAUAGUACCAGUCUUACAAGUGCAGCAAACUUCAUGUCAAGCAAACUUGGCACAUGGGCUGCAUCUCCAGCUCAGAGUGCAUUAAAACAGAAACAGCAGAAAAAUCUCUUACAGAGUAUAUAUGGAAUUUUGGAGUUAAGUGUAGCUUUUAAUAUAGAGGUUGUUUUGUACAUAAUGUGCAUCUAAGUGAAUAUUCACAGUCACUUUCACCAAGGCACCUUUUUUCUAAAACCGGUAUUACGCAUAAUUUUCUAGUAUGAAGUCAGUUGCUUUCAAUUGUAAAAGUGUUGUCAAGUACUGUUUUGUAUGUUCUGGAAGUAAUGUCUGCAUACAGCAAUUACUGGCCUUUGACAAACAUGGGGUUUUCUGUUGUUUGUGUUCAGAAAUAAGCAUAUUAGUUUUGAACACAACUUUUCACUUUUGUACACUUGUAUGUUACUGCAUCUAAGAGAUGAGCAUUUUCUUUGGGAGGCAAUUAAUGAUGUGUGCGUUUUUGUUUUUUAAGGCAGAAUUAAAAGCUUAAAAGUCCAUUUCAACUUAAACCUUUUUCAAAACUUGCAUUGGGCUGCAAUCAAAAUCCUGAUAUUUGUAUUUCUUUGUUACUGCUUUUUUUUUUAAAAAGUUAAAUUUAAAAUGUUGAACCACUGGACUUUCUUGUAAUGUAUUAAUUUGUGAAACUAAUUUUUUAAACUGUGUGCUGUCUUGUCCACAUGUGCAACCUACCAUUGUGUAAAACAAUAAAAGAAAUGAAUGCUGUGA